AUGAUUCGCCGAAAACUUCAGGAUCUCACAUUAUGUAUAUCUUAUAACGUCACGUUUCUUCAUGAUAAAGCUCACAGUUAUAAAAAUUUCCGUAAACAAUAUUCGAUUUCUGAAGAAAUUGGACGUGGUGGUUUUGGGAUUGUGUAUAAAGCUGAACGUACUGAAGACGGUACUCCAGUGGCCGUGAAAUUUGUUGAACAUCGACACGUUCGAGAUUGGACGACGACUUGUAAACAACUUGUUCCAACAGAAAUAUGCCUUUUGGAGAUGUGUAAUGGAACACCUGGUGUUGUGAGGCUUAUUGAUUGGUUUGCGAAUUCAAAAGGAUUUAUGAUUGUGAUGGAAAGACCGGAAGAGUUUAUGGAUUUAUUCGAUUUGAUUUCCAUUUACGGUUGUCUUGAUGAGACGAUCGCUCGUUCGAUAUUCGUGCAAGUUGUAAAUACCGUUUGUUCAUUAUACGCUGACCAUGGCGUUUUGCACCGCGAUAUUAAAGAUGAGAAUAUAAUCAUAAAUAUGCGCACUGGUGAAGUGAUUCUUGUGGAUUUUGGUGCUGCAACAAUUAUUUCUAAAACUCGUGCAAGCCGUUUCCAAGGUUACGGAACGCGAUCGUAUUGUCCACCGGAAUGGUUCAAACGUGCCACUUAUAUGCCGAUGGAAGCCACUGUUUGGUCAUUGGGCAUUGUUUUGUACGUUAUGGUGACUGGUGCACUUCCAUUUCGAAAUGAAAUACAAAUUUGUCUCGGAAGACUUUCGAUACCGAAAAACAUUUCCGAAGAAUGUGAGCAUUUAAUUCGACGGUGUUUGGUGGUAACACCGGAACGCCGUGCAGAUUUGAUCGAGGUCCGACAGCAUCGUUGGCUGUGUAAGCCAAUCGCGACUCACGAAGCAUCCUUCAAAUGUGUUUUGGAUCGUAAAUUAAGUAAACGACUGUCGAAAACGAAUCGAAAAUUGAAACGGAGUACUUCCUCAACGAUACCGUCGUCAGAUGAUAACGAAUUAUUUCUGAGUGAUUCACAAACUGAUGCCAGCAUUGAUAUUUGUGAGCGAAUUAGGCGCGCUUCUAGUGCAGCUGAUAUCACAGUGGAUAUUCAUAACAGUUCGAACAGAACGUGA